CCAGCCCGUGACUCAGAGGAACAACCCUGCAGCAGCUGCAGGCUCUGGCUCGGAGACGCGGAGGGCUGGGGUUGUGCUUCCCCACUUCCCUUAGCGUGGCUUGUUCAGUGAGCGCAGCAGCCCUUGCUCUGGCGGCUGGGAGGAUGUGCUGCCCCACAUCCCGGGCACGCCGAAAGCAGGGGUCAGGGAGAGCCUUUGCCUGCACGGGCAGCAAAGCCUCCCUGUUGCGCUCUGGGCUGGUCGGUGCCGUUAGCCCCAGGCUUAUCUGGAGAGGAGAUAUCUAUGAGGACAGGCAGGCUGCAUCUGGCCGUCCUCUCUGGACUCAUCCUGCUGUCCUUGUCCCUGGCAGAGCGAUGCAGUGGGUCGGCUGGCUGGGUGUUCAUGGAGCCGCAGCUUCGAGCCAGUGCUGGGGACUCUGUGCUGCUGCAGUGCCUCUUCCUAGACCCGCCAGCCAAGGGCUGGACCAUGGCCAAAGUGGACUGGCUGCGCCUGGCAGGAGCUGGCACGCAGAAGCAGGAGGAGAUGGUGUUUUAUUACUACAGCAACCAUAGCAUCCCUGUGGGCCGUUUCCGGGACCGGGUGCAGUGGCAAGGGGACAUCUCCUGCUGGGAUGGUUCCAUCCAGCUGCAGGACGUGCAGGUGAACGACAGUGGCACGUACGUGUGUGAGAUCCGGCUGCUCCAGCGCAGCAGCAUCUUCAAGAACCACACGGUGCUGCAUGUCAGCCCCACGGAACAGAGAGGACGAGGAGCAGCAGGCACCCAGGAUGCUGCAGCCCUGGGAGACACUGGGUUUUGGCCUCUGGCUGUCGGCUGUGGCGCUGUGGCCAUUGUGCUGGCUUUCCUGGCCGGACUCAGCCUGAGGAAGAGGUCUGCAGCCAACACGGCCCUGGAGACGACUGGGAAUGGUGGCAACAAGAACAAAGCAGAGGAAGCACUUUACUGCUCAAUCCCUGGAGCUGUGGUACCCAAGGCUGAACAGGAUGCAGGGAAGAAGAGGAGAGCCGAGGAGACCUACAUAACCAUGCACCCCUCUCCCUUCCAGGAGAACGGCGUCUACGUGGAGCUGGCCAGGAGGGUGAUCCCAGCUGAAUGGAUGGGAGAAGGGAGACAGGGUGAUGGACAAAGCAAGGAACCCUACAGCAGACCAGAGGUGGCACUUCCAGGGCCUCCAGAGCAGGAGAAAUAGCUGGAGGAUGUAAGCCCUUAGCCAGCAGGUGUGUGCAAGGCAUCUUUGUUCCUUUGGGCAGGCAGCGUUCUGCUGCUGUUAGCCCUUCCUCUAACAAGUGGUGCCACUUGACCGUGUGCUCUGUGCCAGAGCCACUGCUGGGGCACGUCCCACCCGGGAUGCCUGUGGGGACCAGGGGAGAUGUGUCUCUCUGGCUCUCGUCUCCUGGUCUCUAGAGGGGGGAACAGUGGGUACAGCCCCCCCACUCUAGCUUUGAUGCUGGUCCAUACAGCUCCAAGAUAACGAUCUCCAAGGAGAGCCUGGCAGGGGGAGGACAGGGGUGAUGCAGCAGGAGCAGUGCAGGCAUGCCAGUGGCAUCUUCCGAAGAUAAUAAAACUCAGGGAGUCUUCCCUGUUCCUGGCUUACUUUUA